AUGCCACAAGUUGUAUAUCCGAGGCAGGACAUUUUGCAUACCUAUUCCUUUGCCUAUUUUAGACAGGACUUGAAGAAACCAGCUGAUUCUGGAAUUUUCCAUGUGGGUUUCAGCUUGUUUUCAAGGCACAAUCAUAGCAAACUUUGUCUUGGUGAUACAAAAAUUAAGCCUUUAAAAAAGAUGAGGCGCACAUUUUGCCCUUGUAGUAGUACAGGAGUUGUUGCAGAUGAACAUCAAGAAGACUUUCCUAAUGUAAAUGAGGACCUGUGUCCCGUUGAUUGUGUAAGGGAAUUCACCACGGAUGAAGAGUUCUGCAGAAUUCUGGACAAGGCUAAAGGAACAGGAUCUUUUGUGAUAGUAGAUUUUUACCGUACUUCUCGUGGAAGCUGCAAAUAUAUAGAGCAGGGUUUUGCUAAGUUGUGCAAGAAGGCUGGUGAUGACGAAGCUCUGAUUAUUUUCCUAAAGUAUAAUGUAAUGAACGAGUAUGAUGAGCAAUCCGAGGUUGCAGAGCGGCUAAGAAUCAAGGUUGUGCCUCUUUCAAUUCUACAAAGAUGGAGUCCUGUUUUAGAAGCAUUUCCAACCAAAAAUAAAGAAAAGAUUGUCGUAGCCAUCCUCAAGUAUUCAUCUUAGAACCCCAAGAUAUUUUGUGUUAACUUCAUGGGAAGGAUCACUCUCAUGCAAAAUUAGUUCUACAUGACACAAGUUCCUUAAACAUAAUUUGUAGACCAUACAUU